AUGCUCCUGAGUGUGAAGGUUGUCGAGAGAGCGAAUACUGCUUUGCAAGGAUCUCCUCAGACUCAGAGUAUUGCUAAAAUAACGAUAGAAAGCAUCAAUUUGAAAGUGCCACAUCUCACACCCAACGAUGACAUAAAGUUGCAGUUGUUGACACGUAUCAAAGCAGAUGAGUCUAUGAUGAUACCGUUUCGCCGAUGGGAAUUGCACGAGCUACCAGCACUCACACAAGGAUCUACCAUAGAAAUCUGGUCCGUCAAGACAUGUUCUGCAUUGGACAGUCCAAGAUAUGUUAUAGUAUUUUUCCAAACGAAAAAAGCCGAUAAUUUGCAUGAAGACGUCACCUUGUUCGAUAAUGCCAACAUCAAAUCCAUACGAUUGGCUCUGAAUAGCGACUAUUAUCCGCAAGAACGAAUGCUAUUGGACUUUUCCCGAGACCAAUAUGCCGACGCCCACUUCAACUAUACAGAGUUCAACAAGAGCUACCAUAACUGUCAAGAAAAGCGCUCUCUAGUAAACUUUGCCGAAUUCAAAUCCCGACCAAUGUUUGUUAUCGAUUGCUCGAGGCGCCAUCUGGGUCUAAAGUCGUCCACAGUUGACAUAAAUGUGAAGGUUGUCGAGAGAGUGAAUACUGCUUUGCCAGGAUCUCCUCAGAUUCAGAGCACUGCUGAAAUAACGAUUGAAAGCAUCAAUUUGAAAGUGCCGCAUCUUACGCCCAACGAUGACAUAAAGUUGCAGUUGUUGACACGUAUCGAGGCAGAUGAGUCUAUGAUGAUACCGUUUCGUCGAUGGGAAUUGCCCGAGCUACCAGCACUCACACAAGGAUCCACCAUAGAAAUCUGGUCGGUCAAGACGUGUUUUGCAUUAAAGAGUCCCAGAUAUGUUAUAGUAUUUUUCCAAACGGAAAAAGCCAAUAAUUUGCAUGAAGACGUCACCGUGUUCGAUAAUGCCAACAUCAAAUCCAUACGAUUGGCUCUGAAUAGCGACUAUUAUCCGCAAGAAAGAAUGCUAUUGGACUUUUCCAAAGACCAAUAUGCCGACGUUCACUUCAACUAUACAGAGUUCAACAAGAGCUAUCAUAACUGUCAACAAAAACGCUCUCUAGUGGAUUUCAAAGAAUUCAAAACCCGACCAAUGUUUGUUAUCGAUUGCUCGAGGCGCCAUCUAGGCAUGAAGUCGUCUACAGUUGACAUAAAGUUGGACAUUGAAGCGACGACAGGUUUCCCUCCUGACACCAAAGCCUAUUGCAUCAUCGUUCAUGACCAAAUCAUAGAACACCUCCCACUCAGCGAAAUUGUUCGAAAUAUCGCCUAG